AUCACGCAAACAAGUGUCGGUAGCUCCUCGAGCUCUCUCCUAGCUCUCUAGCUAACGUUUAAGUUUCGUUGUCUCACCUUUUUCAUUUAACAAGCAUUUUUUUCCCCUUUCCAUUUCUUGUUGGACUAAAACCACCAAUUCUUCAAGAUGGGGGGCGGUGACCUGAACUUGAAGAAGAGCUGGCAUCCCCAGACUAUGAAAAACAUCGAGCGAGUCUGGAAAGCCGAGCAGAAAUAUGAAGCCGAGCGGAAGAAGAUCGAGGAGCUCCAGAAAGAGCUGAAAGAGGAACGAGCCCGAGAAGAAAUUACAAAAUAUGCAGAAGUCACUGGAGCCAUCAAAAAAAAAGAUGAUCGCCUCGACUGGAUGUACCAGGGCCCUGCCGGUCAGGUGUCCAGGGACGAGUAUCUGCUGGGACGUGCCAUCGACAAGCAGAUCACCGACCAAUAUGAGGAGCCUGAGAGCGGUCCAUCAGCAGAGACCGGCCUCCUGCCCGGGUCUAUCUUCAACCCCACCACCCCCGCCUCCAACCUCGACAUGGCUGCCAAGAUCAGGGAAGACCCCCUGUUUGAAAUCAGGAAACGCGAGGAAGCAAAGAAGAGAGAAGUUUUGUCUAAUCCAGUGAAGAUGAAGAAAAUCAAAGAAAUGCUGCGCCAGAAUCUUGACAAGAAAGACAAGAAGAAGAAGAGGAAGAAGGAAAAAAAGGAGAAGAAAGGAGACAAAGAGAGAAGAAAGGAGAAGAAGCACAAGAGGAGGAGCACAAGUUCGAGCUCAGAGGAGGAAGACGAGAAAAAACACAGGUCACAUUCACGAUACGAAUCAUCAUCAGACACCAAGUCUCAUCACCAUCAUAUUCCAGGCUACGGCCUACAGCUUCCUGCAGGCAGACAGCACCAGUCCUCAGCUUCUAGCAACCACUCAGGGCGCCGCGACAGGAGCCGCUCCAGAUCGCCUCACAAGAACCACAGGGAGAGCCACUCCUCCUCCUCCUCAUCCUCACACAGAAACGACAGGAAGGUCCAGCCCAGAGCUCCCAGCCCACAGAGACAGAAUUACCACAGACAGAGGAACUACGUGUCCAAGAAACUCUCUGCAGAGGAGCUGGAGAGAAAAAGGCUGGACAUGAUGGACCAGGCCAAGCAGAGGGAGGAGGACAGAGAGAACAACGUGAAAAGAUACAAGAGGCAAGACGAGCAGGAGAAGCAGCGGGAGCAAAAUGUCAAGCGCGACCGCCACGCCGGAUUUAUCCAUAACAUGAAGCUGGAGAGUGCUGCUAGUUCUUCCUUAGAGGACAGAGUGAAGAGGAACAUCCACUCCAUCCAGAGGACGCCCGCCUCCCUGGACAACUUUAUGAAGAGAUGAAGACACACACAUUAACCACAGAGAGUCUAUGAACUGAUUAAAAUAAUAGGCAAGAGUACUCCAUCCACAUAUAAUUACUCUUAAUACUCUUAAUGUACUGAGGCUGAGGGAUGGAUGAUGUGGUAGGAGUCUGUCUGAGUUCAAUAAGAGAACUACAUCUACACAUGGCUUUUAUUUUGAAAAGCAGAAUCCACAGUGGUGUUUUAGAUCUAUCAUGGCUUAUCUGCUGUUAUUACUCUCUAGAAAGCUGGUAUCCCUUUAAGGUUCAUGCAAUCUCAACUUUGUAAAC